GUGGACCCCGAGUCUGAGCACCUCCCUCGCCCGCGGGGAACAAUAGCCGCCGCCUGCCCCGGGCGGCCCGGCGGUCGCGCGGCACAAUGGCCGUCUCGGGGCCGCGCCAGCAUGUGACGCGCGCGCGCUCGGCGCUCGCCCGGCCUGCCGCAGGGCGCAGUCAGCACAGAGCCGGAGCCGCCGGGCCGCGGCCAGGCUGCCGGAAUCCACCUGGCACACUUUCGGAAAGACAAACGCGGUUCCUCCUACUUCAGAGCCCCAAGUCUGGGCCAGCUGGGAGCCGACCCGAAACCGCAAGCGGAGACGCAGGCACGCGGGGUGAGCGCUCACGGAGGGUGCGACGCCGCCCCACGCCCUGCGGCGCGAGGCCGGUCACCCCCCGCGCUCCGGGUCCCUACUGCCGCCUGCCGGCCCACCGCCCUCCCAAGAGGCGGGCCCCAGCGCCCGUCCCCGACGCACGGUGGCUCGGUAUCCCCAGGCCCCCACACCCGCCGCUUCCUCCCUGCCCCGUCGCACCCUCAGCGCUACUCCACGCCACAACUCCCAUCUCUCCCAAGGCAGAACAAGACAAAUCCCAGUGGGUCACAAGGUUUUUGCAGACACACAAAAAAAGGCUCCCAAGGGACUAGGAUUCCGGGAAGGGGCGGAGCUAGUUUCGUUCUUACUUACCUGCAAGAGUAAUUUGUGUGGGAGGAAGCAGGAUAACACCCUGUUGAACUUGGAACUAAACUUGAAUGUCAUAUAAAAAGAACAAUAAAAAUACACUUCAGAUACCAA